UAUUUUUGUAUUUAAAAUGGACCCGAAUAUUACCCUACCUAAGCAGACUAAGGCAAUGGGCAUGCAAAAGUAUUUAGAUGUAAUGAGAGAGGCGCUCAAUAAGUCCAUUGAUAAACAUUCUCAGCACUGGAGAUCCCAUCGAUCUUUGAAUGGCUGGGCUUCCAUGAAUUAUCCUUCAACACUUUCAAACCCAAUGCUGAAAAGAAGACCUGUUCCUAUAAACCCAGAUAGAAUAGGUUUCAACAACUUGAGGAAGCCAAUCUCUGCUCCGAGAGACCGGGUUAGGAGACCUUUGACUGCUAUUACUUCAAAGGGGAAGAGAUGAACCAAACCAUUGCCUAUAAAUCAUAAUUUCUACAAUGCCAAGAAAGAAGAAUUAAUAAGAAUAAAUGACUCUGAGGAAGAUGAAAGUGGUGUAGAAAGUUUAAAAUAACAUUCAAUCCACCAAAUACGUUACUGAUGCUUACAACCUCCCUCAAUUUCAUAAGCCAAGGCCGAUUAGAGAAGCUGUUGGGGCUUAUAGGAUCAGAAAUGCUCGAGGAAGUUUCCUUAACAAAGAGAGUUCCCUUCCUCCUGCUCUUGGAAUAGACUUCUCUAAGAAAAGUGCUGGAAUGCUAACAACGACUUCACAUCAGGACAAGGUUAAGAUAACAGAACAAACUCAUAAGGACUCUGAGUACAUCUCUCCAAUGAAGCCAAUGUCUGCCUAUUGAGGAAAGAGGCCUGAUCCUUCGAAAGAUCCAUACAACAGAAGGAAGGUAAAGCAGUUGGACGACAUUUCAUUUGAGUCAGACUCAGAAAUAGAGGAGCAUAAAGACUACAAAAGAUUACCAGAUACUGUACUAAAUGAGGAGAAUUUGAAGACUUCUCUCACACCUGCUUUGAAAUCUCUGAAUUUAAAUAGUCAUUUUUGGCUAAAGAACAAUUUUAUCAAUAAGAUAGGAAGGAUGGCUCCCAACUUGGUGGAGCUAUCUAUCAGAGCUUUGAAGAUAAACUCUCCGACCUUUAUAGACAUGGUAAAACACAUGGGACUCCUCAAGAUUAUCGAUAUAUCAAACUGUAAGCUUUUGACUGAAGAAGCUAUUAUUAAACUUGCUGAGACAAAUCAAGGUAUUGUCAGGUUCACCGCAUCUGGCUGUGAAAGAGCAGUUACUGAUAAGGCUAUCAAGCAUUUAAUAGAAUUUUCCAGAGCCCAGCUGGAAUAUCUCAAUCUGAACUAUUGCACUCAGCUGACUGACGAAGGGUUAAAAGCAUUUGAGGAGAAUAAUCCAGAACAAAUAUUUUACGAGCUAUAUCUCAAUGGACUUGAGAAGGUUACUAAUGAAGGGUUCAAAUCUAUUAUCUCUACUUGUGAAAAGACAUUGAUUCUCCUCAAUAUGGCUGUGAACAGCCAAUAUGAAGUCCAUGGAGAGGUCUGAAAAGCAAUAGCACAAUGUUUCAAGCUCCAGAUUCUUGAUCUUUCAGGCUGUAGUUGAAUUGGAGAUAAUGGAAUCUCAUAUCUUUCAUCUGGCUUCGUCAUGGUUGAGGAUAAAAAGGAAAUCAUUGGGCUGAAAGAGCUCGAAAUACUCAAAAUAUGUUCUCUAAAUAUCAAUGACACUAGUUUGAUCAGACUUUUAAAAAUAAGUGAUAAGAUCACCCACUUAGCAAUCUCGAAUUGUGUAAACUUGACUGAGUACUUCUUCUCUCAAGUGUCUUCAGCUGCUCCAAAACUUGAGUUCCUUGAUAUGAAUUUGAUUCCAUGAAUGGUCCCGAAAGUCUACGAAGAGUUUGUUGAGAACAAUCCCCACCUUAAAAUCAGAAGGUUCAAGCAGCAAAUGGCUGAUCCCAAGGACAAUGGUCUCAGAAGACCUUUGAAAAUUGCAGGCAAGAAGAAGGGCAAAAAGAAGGGAAAGAAAAAGGGCAAGAAAAAGAAGUAAAUUUAUCACUAAUCAUCAACUAUUCU